AUGCUACCGCCCACUACACACCGAAUUGCGGACUUAAUCGGCUGCGAGACUCCAGCAAUCGACUCCCUUUCAGAACCUCCUGUCGUCUUUGAGUUGUCCACCGUUGCGGCUUGUCUGUCUUGUGGUGCUCGGCAGCUCCACACACCAACCAACCUGCUCAUCCUCUCUCUGGCUGUGGCGGAUCUUCUCGUGGGACUGUUUGUUAUGCCUGUGAAUAUAAUGCAAUUGAUAGACUCCUGUUGGUAUCUUGGACAAAUAACAUGCUAUAUUUAUCCAAUAAUCAACACUAUCUCAUUGUUAGCAUCUCUCUAUAGCUUGAUAUUCAUUGCAGUUGAUCGGUACAUUGCUAUCUGUGACCCUCUACUUUAUUCUACUAAAAUGACAGUUUUCAUUUUUCAUGUGGCAAGGCAUCAAGCUAAAGCAGUUAGAGCUGUGAUAAAUGGUGCCUCAAACACACAUGGAGCCAAAGUUUCAGGCUCUUCUGAAGCCAAAGCAGCAAAAAAAUUAGGCACGUUAAUUUUCAUUUAUCUUGCUUGCUGGAUACCUUACUAUUUAAGUUCUCUCUCACUCGAAAGCUUGACCUCUCUGUCAAUGGUGUGGACUGUGUUUGGCUGGCUAAUAUACAUUAACUCCUCCAUGAAUCCAAUUAUGUAUGCCAUUUUCUAUCCAUGGUUCAGAAAAUCAGCUAAGCAUAUUGUAACUUGUAGAAUAUUGGAAUCCUCGUCAGCAAGUUGUGCAAUAGGUCAGCACACCAGUGCCACUAUGUUGUGGUAUAACGCAGCCUCAAGUUCAGGAGAUGUGCUGGAACUGGAACUGCAACAGGAAUUGAAACUGGAACUGGAGCUCAAGCUUGAGUUGGAGCUGAAUCCAAAACUGGGACUGGAACCAGAGCUGGAACUGGAGUUGAAACUGGAGCCAGAGCUGGAGCUGGAGCUAAAUGAGUAA